AUGCUGGCAAAGUAUCAGGAAGAGAUAACGAAGAAAGAUGAGGCAGAGAGUGCAUUGCUGCUCGCAUUGAAUAAGAAGCAACAGGAUCUAACCAAUUUGUCGGGUGAGGUUGACGAGCUGACGAAGCAAUCGAUACCCGAGAUCCAGGCUAUGAGGCGGAAACUAUUAGAUCCGACGUGGGUGCUUGUGUAUAAAGCCAUGAGAAAGGAGUUGGAGGAGAAAAACAAGAAAAUUGAAAAUCUUCAACGGGAAGUUCUUGGAACAGGAUUCACACCCUAUAGCAUCACUGGGAAAAAGCUAGUGGCGAAAUUGAAGGCACUCCAAACAGAGAACGAAGAACUUGGUAAGCAGCUGUGUCAAGGACGUGUAGAGCAGCUCCAAACUGCAUUGGGAAUUCAAAAGGCAAUGGUGGCAAAGUUAGAGCGAAAACUUGAAGAGGCGGAUCGAAUUGCCGUAAAUUUGGAUAGGGAAAAUGAGGAUAUGCAAGCGACUAUAUUUCGGCUUUCUGCAGAACUUCAAAAGCAUGAGGAGAGAAUUGGACCUUCACCUUCAGCUGAGGAAGCUGGAGACGCUGGGAUGUCCGGUUAUGAGGUUCAAAAUGCAACAAAGCGUGAAGGAGAGAUAAAGGACGCUGAGCAGCAGCGUCAGUGA